AACCAUCGUUCCCCUCCGGACUCCUCUUCAGGUGGCACCGUAUUACAAAUGGCUGAUUGUUUUUCUAUCGUUUGAAAUAAUCGUUAAAUGUUUCCGUGUCGUGUUUCCGCUUCUCUUCCGCUCCCGGUCCCUUCUCACGGUCACUCCUCACCGGGCCCCGGCGGAGAGACGGUGCCGGUAGAAUCCAGGUGCGAGCCGGAGAUGUUCGGACCCGGAGCGGCGGCGGUGUGACCCGCUACGUGCUACGUGUCCGGUGAGGAAGACCCCGACCCCCCCAACAUGGAUCCUCACGCACUCCAGCGCUAAACUCCACCAGCUCGGGUUCAGGGCUGCGGGGACGAGCCGCGUCGUUAGCCGGGAGAGAGCACCGGGCCCGGUCCGGACCAUGGAGCCCUGACAACCGCUGGAGGAACCGGAGAGGGAGCCCCGAGCCCCGCGGAGCUGCUGUCGGUGUGUCGGUGUCUGAGCCACCGGGAGAAAACAUGAUGUAUUCAUCCAGAAGGAAACCGGUGCUGUACUUCAGAGAGGAGAGGAGGUUCCUGUCGGGCAGAUGCACCAUCUACAAGCUGUUCGGCCUCUGCAUGGUGCUGGUGCUGGUGUCUCUGCUGUGGCUGCAGCUCAGCUGUUCAGGGGACAUGUCCCCCCCGAUGCACGACGACCGACGCCUCACCCACCAGCAGCCGCCGGCGCCGCCCUGCCCCGUGGACAGUCGGGCGUCUGCAGUGGACGACCUCUCCUGGGGUCCUCACAAGCUGGCCCUGAUCAUCCCCUUCAGAGAGCGCUUCGAGGAGCUGCUGGUGUUCGUUCCCUUCAUGCACACGUUCCUCAACAAGAAGAAGAUCCGCCACAAGUUCAUCAUCAUCAACCAGGUGGAUCACUACAGGUUCAACCGAGCGUCGCUCAUCAACGUGGGCUUCCUGGAGAGCGGGAACGACACGGACUACCUGGCGAUGCACGACGUGGACCUGCUGCCCCUGAACGACGCUCUGGACUACGGGUUCCCCGAGGGCGGCCCCUUCCACGUGGCCUCGCCCGAGCUGCACCCGCUGUACCACUACAAGACGUACGUGGGGGGGAUCCUGCUGCUCACCAAGAAGCAUUACCACAUGUGUAAUGGGAUGUCAAACCGGUUCUGGGGUUGGGGCCGAGAAGACGACGAGUUCUACAGGAGACUGAAGAAAGCUGAGCUGCAGCUGUUCAGACCCAGUGGAAUCACGACAGGAUAUAAAACCUUCCUCCACAUCCACGACCCGGCCUGGAGGAAGAGGGACCAGAAGAGGGUCGCUGCUCAGAAGCAGGAGCAGUUUAAGGUGGACCCGGAGGGGGGGCUGACCAACCUGCGUUACCAGGUGGAGUCCAGACAGGAGCUGACCAUCAGCGGGGCGCCGUGCACCGUCAUCAGCACCAAGCUGGAGUGUGACCAGGACAAGACGCCGUGGUGCCUGCUGCUGUAGACGAGCACGUGGGUCAGUUGUGACGCGGGUUCGAGCCCCGACUGGAAUCUCUUCCUGGUUUUAACUGGGAUCCUGUUUUCCUGAUGAUCUGCAGCUGGAUUAUCUUCAGUGACACCAACAGACUUAUUUAACUUUGAUUCAUUUCCACAUUGAACUGAAACAAGCAGCUGAAGUUUAAUAAUCUGAGGAUUAAACCAACGAGCGUCUAACUUGUGUUAGAAUCCGUCUGGUUCAGACGUGAAGGAUUCAAACGUCCUGAUGGCGACUUCCUUCCUGUCAAACUGCUCAGUCCAGUAACGGACCAUUAACACUUCUCACCAUGACGACAUGAACAAACGCACUUCCUGUCUGACCUCAAACCUCAGCGGACGCACACCGACUGUUACACCGUGCUGAUCUGACUCAAACUGGACGAGCGGGAGCGAACCCCCCCCGCUGGUUGUCUCUUCUGGUACCUGCUGGUACGACGUGAACCUGAAGUCUGUUUUCUUACUGUGGGCCUGUGCAAACGAAACGACCUCCAGCGACGCACGUUUCUCCAGAUCUCAACCACAUCUGGACAAAGUGCAUCGAACUGUAACACCACAGGGUUUCUUUUAGCUUUUUAAAUCUGAGAAUGGUCGAAUGUCUGACUACUAACCUCCACAGUGUUUGAUUUUCCCACUGACACUGUUGAAACUAGUUUUUAUUGUUGAUGAGGAAAGUGUUUGUAUUUCAUUUUCACAGUAUGUUCUUUUUUUAGACUCAGAGAAUUCACCAAAGGAAAAAUAGACUUUACUUUACAAUCAGGAUUUCUGUCUCAUAAUCAAAACCUGGUAUUGAAUAGUUUCAUUUUCCAAUAAUUACAAGAAAUGAUGAGCUAUGAACUCAUAACUACGAGAAAACUCCUGAGUUUAUUCUCCUUGAUAAACACAGAGAGUUUCUUCAAAGUUAACUGAGCCACACUGUCCCAGUUUUAAACUCAUCACUGUUGCCAUGGUUACGCCUGUUGUCCACGCUACCCUGGAGUUUGAGACUUGUAAACGCUGCUGGUCUCGUUUUAGAUUGAAAACUCUGGGGUUGUGUUUUAGUCUCUUCCUGAUUCACCAGAGUUGUUAACACCAGCCUCCGUCAUUUAGAUAAAUCUCAGUGUUUUCAGUUUAACUCUGUUCUGUCUUCAGUCUGGUUUUUAGUUUAGUUUUUCACUGUCUUCUUCCCUGCUGUUGUCAUGUGCUGGUCAGCCUCCAGGGGGCGCCAUGGAGUUUUAAAGGCUAUGUAUUUAGAUGUAUUUAGAUGUCGUACAGAUUUUGUUUUACACAGAUGACGGUGCCAUUUAUUUGUACAGUAUUCAGUAUUUAUAUACAAGAACAACAAGAAGCAA